AACGUGUAUGCAGCGUACGUUGAGUUUACGUCAAUUGUCAAUGUCAACUUACGUUACAUGAAAGUAAAAUUAUCCCCGACCACCAUUUUAUCAUUUGCAAAAUAUUAUUCCUCGACUAGUAAUUUUAUUGUAUCUAUUUGAAACUGUCAUUUCAGGUGACAUAUCGGAAGUAGCGAGGCUACGCCCAAAUUUCUGUUGCGAAUUGUUUAAUUUGCCUUCAACAUAGGCCUAUCAGACACCGCCGUUAUGGACAUGAUGGUAUCGACAUUGCAACAACAGCGAGCUGUGACCGAGCAGCUGCGGAGAGAGGCAGCUAUAAAGCGCAUUCCCGUGUCGUCAGCAGUGGCUGACAUCGUGCGGUACAUCAAUGAGCACGAACAGGAGGACUGUCUGCUCGUCGGCUUCUCCAGUCAAAAAGUUAACCCUUUCCGCGAAAAAAGCUCUUGCACUGUACUUUAAGAAAGAAUUUUACGUGUAACUUGCUGUAAUGUAAAUGUGUUAAUUAUCUCAUCAAAGCUAACUUGUUGACACAUUUCGACUAUUUAUUUAAGUUCAAAUGGUACAUGUUAACUAUGUUUCUAAUCCCUCGUAAAUCAGAUAUCAUGCUUGCAAAACGAUUUUGUACUUCGAAUAAUAUCAAAUCACUGUCUGUUAUGGUCAUUAAUAUAUUUUAAAAAUUA